CGCCGGCAAUGGCGGCUGCACGGGAGCGGGGUCCGCCGGCAAUGGCGGCUGCACGGGAGCGGGGUCCGCAGCCCUCUGGAGCUGGAGGAGCUGCCGAACCCCCUCUGCCAUUUUCUCCAGAUCCCCCCGGUCGGAGGCGGGAGUAAACGCGGCAAAGUCCUUCUGGAGCCGCGUUAUAAUGUCCUCUGCCUCCGGACUCACUGGAGUGCCCAGUCCCUCCCAGAUCCUCCAGAAUAGCCCCUGGAGGGCGAAGAACUGGGAGAUGCAGUCGGCCGUCUUCCCUGGUUGAGGCGCGGACGGCGCCUCCGGGGUGGCUGCUGCAGGGGGGAUGAGCAGUGGGUCCGGGUAUUCGAAGGACUCCUCCUUGCUCUUCUGGCGCCUGGUGGCAGCGGGAGGUGGUGCGAUGUCUGCAAAGACAGACGGCGAAAACACCGGCUCCCGCUCCAGGUAAGGGAAGAGGAAGGGCUCUUCCUCCUCGUCCUCACUCGAGGGCCAGAACAUGGAGACUGGGCAGGUACCUCGCUGGAGCGGCCCCCGGGCUGGAGACCGGACGGGUACCUCUUCCUCCGGCGCGAUCCAAAGCCUGGAGAGCGAGCAGGCUCCCAGGCGGAUCGGCUCCUCAGGGAUCCUCCUUCCUCGCCGCUUACUUUUCUUUUUCGGGUCCGUCAUUCUGUCACGGGUCGUGGUGCGCGAGCGCGGCGGAGAGCGGCGAUUGUGCGGAAGGAGGAAGCAGGCAGGCAGGAUACGGGACGAACGGGGUUUAAUCGUGAAUACGGGGAUCUCACGCAAACAAACAUCAGGAGACAUCAAUGACGGACAAAGGACUCGGGUAAGACACGGACUGAAAUACACAGGACUGAUUGAAAAUAAUCAGACACAGCUGGGUACAAUCCGGGAAACACACGUGGGUAGGCAGGGGGCGUGGCACACAGGAGGAGCCGACGAGCCGGGCAUGACACAAUGUCUCAGUGCAAUGAUGGGGACACUGUACUGUAAAGUGUCGCCGUCCUUCACAUAGACAUAAAACCGAGGUCUUGACUCUCUCUUUCCAAAGAAUAGGGCUGACUAAAAUUGCCCACUGUUGCCUUAUCAAAUCUGACCUAAGGUGACUUAUCAAAUCUGUCCUCCUAAUCAUCCCCAGUAUCUAACUGGUAAAUUCUCUCCUGCCCCUUCACCACCUUAGCUACUGUGUGGUGAGCGUAAUGGGGCAGAAUGGUUGAUGUCACAUCAUCCAGGUCGGUGCUACACAGUGGAGGUGGCUGAAGUGGCCUAUAAAUUGCAUUUAUAAAGCACUUUGCGUGUCUUAAAAAGUUAUAAAUGUAUAAAUGUAACUUUCAUUCAUUCUUUCAUGAAAAAUAAUGAAAUCCUUCUAAGACAAUUCAUUAUGACAACUUGCUGGAAUAACAUUUAAAUAGAUAUAAUUUUGUCUUAAGUAUUUCUUUAUUAAUGUUCCAUUAGCAUACAUCAGCAAUUUUCUUUAAGUUCCUAAUUUAACAACUGUCAUUAAUAAAAAAUACAACAUAAAUAUUAAGACAUCACAUUUUAAAGGUCUUUUUGUGAAAAUUUCAUUCUGAGUCAUCAGUAUCGAUGGCCAGAUAAUUCUUCCUUACUUCAGAACCUGUGCCCUGUAACAAAAACAUUUAUGAAAUGUUUGAUCCCAGUCCAUUGAUUACUUAAUUACUGCUAAUUAAAACUAAAUAAUUAUGUGGCGACUAUCUUUACAAGUCUAAAAAUUUGUAUAAUUAUACAAUUUGUAUGCAAACAGAAAAUUCACUGAAAAAGUAAUAGUAAUACUGUAGGUUGACAUGCAAUGAUAAUGGCAUCGAGUAUUAAAUGUCAGUUAAACAUUUACCUUGUGUUUAUCUCCGCCUUUUCUGUGUGGUGUGUGCCAUAACAAGUCUAGCUGCAGACGCCUGUAGAGUGGAGCUCCACUGGAAAUACGUCACCUCCACAGGAAAUACAUGAUCUUUAAGGACAUACAGUGGAGCUCCGGUUAGGGGUAGGGUUAAGAUUAAGGUUAGGGUCUAUUCGCUAUUACACAGAGUUGAGAUCACCCUUCUUGAACAAGUCAGCAAUAGCAUCUUCAAUUACAGAGGCCGUGACCUUCGCAUUGUGCCUCUGGUGGGCUCCUGAAGUAGGAAACUUCUAAAUAUAUGAAACACUAAAUUGCCUCUCUUAUUAUCGGUGAUCGUCGCUGAAACCGCCUGAUGUCGCUGGGAUCAGCUCUAGAAACGAGGCUGCAUUUAGUUCGUACCGCCUAUGUUGCUCAUGUCGGCCAGUGAAGCAGUGUUACGUUACUUUGCUUUUCUAAUUAACUUAAAACAGUAUUUUGUCUAAUAGUUUUGACAUAGUUUGUAUCUGUCGCUAAUUUAAAUAUUAAGCCUAUUUAAAAAAUACAACCAACAGCCAAAAGUAGAGAUAAUUGCAGGUUAACGCCUUGUCAGUGCGCCCCCAGCGGAGCCCACAGCUUGCAUCUCAUAAGCUCUUGAUCUGAGUUUCCCUGUAGGGAUGUUGAGGCACACACUUUUCAGGUGGUGGAUCGCCCUGAAGACUGGCCUCAGUCAGCAGGAGACAGCCGGUCCAUCGCGAGCAGACUACAGCAGCAUGGACCAGGAAGAGGAACCCCUGAGAUCCUGGGGGCCCCCGCAUAUUAUCAGGCAGCAGGAAAUGGCUGCUUUCUUCACGCUGUUGGAUGAGUUAAAUUAUUUUUAGCACGAGGAAGAAGAGACCCCAAACUUUAGCCUACCAGCUAAGAUAUUAUUAGCAUAUUUGUGCUUGAAUGUAAUGAAAAUAUAACUAAAAUAAAAAAUGUGUAGCUAAUCACAAACAUGAUAUGUUCUUGCCCCAAUUUGAACGUGUACCUGUGAUAUCCAAUAUUUGAAAAGAAAAGUAGCACUAAAAAUGUUCGCGUUGUGUUCAGAUGAUGCCCAGAUCUACCUGUUCCUAAAGAUGGACUUCUGCUGUAAAGUGUCUGAUAAGUACCUGCUGGCGAUGACCUACAUCUACUUUAUGAGAGCUCGCCUCCCUCUAACGAGGAUGAACUUCUUCGUCGCCCUAUAUCUGGCUAAUAUCAUGGAGGAAGAAGAAUGGCGGAAUAGAUUUGAAAUCUUCCGCUGGGCUUUGGGCGAACACUGGAGAAGUCAGUUCCGCGGCUUCCUCCAGCAGAAGGACCAGCUCUGGGAGAGUAUGGAUUACAGGGCUGCUGUGAACCGGCGCUGCUGUGAGGAGGUGAUGGCCAUCGCACCCUCCCACUCUCUGUGGAAGAGGGAGCGCAACGAGUAUCACAGCGGGGCUCAGCGCCGGUACAGCGGGGAGGGGUAUCUGGUGCCCCUGGCUUCAGCCUCUACAGCUAUCCCCUGCACACUCUGCAGCAGGAGGGCUCUCCAGACCCAGGAACCCCAUACUUCUGACCACACAGGGAGCUCAGCGUUCAGUGCACAGAACAGAGGAUCGGAGCAGAAGGGAUCCCUGGUCCAGAUUAGUGAGGAAAGACGAGGCUCAAAGCGAAUGCGAGACGGACAGCUGAAGGAUCGGGGUUCCUGCGCAGAUCCGUGUAAAGAUCCUUUUGCUCGCUUUGAUGCUAGUGGAAGCCCUCAGGACUUUGGAUCACUCUCUGUUGGCACGUCAGGCACGUCGAAAAGGAGGAAGACAACCAUCCGAAUCACAGCCCCUCCUUUUGAAGUCAUUCUUCCUCAGUGCACUAUUAUGUAGCUGAUUUUUUUAAUGAUGCAGCAGGUGCCAUGAUGUGACCGACCAUGAAGAGAACAGUUCCAGGAAAUGAUCUGUAUCAGCGUUUCUCAAACUUAUAUGUCCUGGGGACCAGUCAUGUCAGGCUUUGGGGCUACAGGACCCUGCAUAAACGACCGCCCCCAACCCCCCCGUGGAUGCUUAUCCACAUAGAUACACUGAACAAAAAUAUAAACGCAACACUCUUGUUUCUGCUCCCAUUUUUCAUGAGAUGGACUUAAAGAUCUACAAUUCAUUCCAGAUACACAAUAUUACCAUUUCUCUCAAACAUUUCUCACAAAUCAGUCUAAAUGUGUGAUAGUGAGCACUUCUGCUUUGCUGAGAUAAUCCAUCCCACCUCACAG